AAAAAAAAAAGACAAAAAAAUGAGAGAAUUGAAUAAUCAAAUCAAGGAAACUUCAUAAACGAGAGCAGUUCUUCUUCUCGAUCUCUUGGUGCGCUCGCGAGAGAGCAUUGGAGAGAGAAUUAUCUUGGGAAGGUAACUAGAAGACGAAGACUGUGGAGGAAGAAAAUUAAGAUCUGUAUAUAUUCGCGCGCGUCUUCUUCGUCGAACUAUCAGAAGGGAGGAGGAAGGUGAAAAAUGGAAGAUGUUGCUGGUUUGCAAGAAGCAGCUGGAACCAGAUUUAGCCAGUUUGAGUUAAUCGGAAGAGGAUCGUUUGGUGAUGUCUACAAGGCGUUUGAUACGGACCUUAACAAAGAAGUUGCCAUUAAAGUUAUUGAUCUUGAAGAAUCAGAAGACGAAAUUGAAGAUAUACAGAAGGAAAUUUCAGUAUUGUCACAAUGCCGUUGCCCAUAUAUUACCGAAUACUAUGGUUCAUACCUUCACCAGACCAAGUUAUGGAUCAUCAUGGAAUUUAUGGCUGGUGGCUCAGUUGCUGACCUUCUUCAACCAGGUCAUCCAUUGGAUGAAAUUUCAAUUGCUUGUAUUACGCGUGAUCUACUUCAUGCUGUUGAAUAUCUCCACGCUGAGGGAAAGAUCCACAGAGAUAUCAAAGCCGCGAAUAUUUUGUUGUCCGAGAAUGGUGAUGUUAAAGUCGCGGACUUUGGUGUGUCUGCACAAUUAACCCGGACGAUAUCAAGGAGAAAGACAUUUGUAGGAACACCAUUUUGGAUGGCACCAGAAGUGAUUCAGAACUCAGAAGGGUAUAAUGAGAAGGCAGAUAUAUGGUCUCUAGGAAUAACAAUGAUCGAGAUGGCAAAAGGAGAGCCUCCCCUUGCUGACCUUCAUCCAAUGAGAGUGCUUUUCAUCAUUCCCCGGGAAAGCCCUCCUCAGUUAGAUGAGCAUUUUUCACGUCCUUUGAAGGAAUUUGUUUCGUUUUGCUUGAAAAAAGCUCCUGCUGAGAGACCAAGUGCCAAAGAACUUCUCAAACAUAGAUUUAUAAAGAGUGCUAGGAAAAGCCCGAAACUUCUCGAGAGAAUAAGAGAGCGGCCAAAAUACCAAGUAAAAGAGGACGAAGAGAUUCCAACAAAUGGUCCGAAAUCUCCGAUUGAAUCAUCUGGUACUGUUAGAGUGGCUAGAGAUGAGAGAGGCCAAGGAACUUCUGGAACUAGUUUUCAGGGGAAAACUGUCAAAAAUGCUGGGUGGGACUUUAGUAUCGGAGGUUCUCAGGGUGCUGGAACUGUUCGUGCUUUAAAACCUCCUCAAGCUAGGGAAAGGCGUCAGGAAGUUUCUAAUCAGACUUUUCAAAAACCAUCACGAACCAGUGGUAGUCAAUUGUCUUCCAUUUCUGGUGCUGCUGCAGUCCCCGAAAACUCUGAAGCCGGUUUUGUCAAAAGAGAUUCGUAUCAGGAUGACUUUCAAGAAGACGAUGAUUCAUCAAUCAGUGGUUCUGGAACCGUUGUCAUAAGAUCUCCGAGAAGCUCUCAGUCAUCUUCAGUGUUUCGUGAUCAAAGCUCUGGGUCUACCAGCAGGUAUACGUCUUUUGAUGAUGCUUCGACAAGUGGAACUGUUGUUGUCCGUGGGCAGAAUGAUGAUUCUGGAUCACCCCGAACACCAAAAUCUAGACUAGGGCUUCAAGAAAGAAGUUCCAGCGCCUCAGAAGAUAGCAUAGCAAAUCUUGCAGAGGCGAAGGUAGCACUUGAAGCAGGUUUUAGAAGAGCGAAUGCUAGGGAAAGACUAGGUAAUGGGAAGGUUAACAAAAAAAGGGAACAAGCUACAGAUAAUUCUGAUUACGUGAGAAAUCCCCGCGAUCAUUCUGAUAAACAAAAACCACUAGUAAGAUCACAACAAGUGAGUGAUGAUGAAGAUGACUCCAAAUGGGCAUCAUUGUCUGCACCGUUGUCACUAUUGCUGUUACCAUCCCUAAAAGAGGCACUUGGGGGUGACGACUCAAAAGGAUCUGUUGGACAUAGAGUAUCGAGAUCCCUAGUGAAGAUGGAACGUGAAAAACCUGGUUCUUGUGAAGCUUUUGUUGCCAAGCUGAUUGAACAGUUGGGAAGUUCAAAGGAAGUGUCAGUGAAGGAAGUGCAAGACAUGGCGAUGCGAGUGUUCGGUAAGACGAUGAGCAAUGAUGCAGAGAACAAAAGAAAGCAAGCUAGCAAAGAGUUUACUUCCAAUACGAACGUUAGCCCACUUGGAAGAUUCUUAUUCUCAAGAUGGCUAGGUCAAACAUCGCGUGAUCUUAACCCAAGUUGAGACACGGCGAGAGAGGAUAAGAAUGGUGUUUGUGUCUUUUACAUUGAUUGAUGCAUUGAAUUUUGGUAUUUGUGUAUAAUUUUUCAGCAGAAGAUGGGUGUAUUUAUAUAAAUCUUUUUUUUUAAUUUUAUUUGGGCUCUUUUAUUUUUUCUUCCUGUUUUUUCGAGAGGAAGCAUAUUCUUAGUUGUAUAAUUAAGGGCUUGCCUUUUAUUUUUAUUUUUGUGGUUGUUUCCUCCUCAGUAAAUCAGAUUUUUCUGUAAUGCUCCACAUGAUCCACGCGUAUAGACCAGCUCCAUUGAGCUUCGUGGAUUUGAGCUGGCGUUGGCUCCCAUACUUUCUGCUGAACAAAGGCACUAGUCAACAAAACAUGGUCUACACUCUCUGGAACAUUCAUCCGUUUCUAGCUGGGAGCUUUUGUCUGCUAGUAGAGCUGAGGGAUCAGGUGGCGAAAUAUGCACCCCAACUUGGGAGAUUUUCCCUAAUUGCGUUCCAAUUCCAUGAAGGUGGAGCUGUGGCAAUAUUUUCCCGGGAGAAUGCGAGAGACCAAGGCCGUUGGGGUGACGAAAUUUCCCGAUUUUUCAUGCGCAUAGCAAUAGUGUGGUGACGAGAUGGCCGUAUAUACUUUGAAUUUAUAUACUUUAUAUAUUCAAAUAGUCUGGCCAGACUAAUCCAAAACCGUACACUGAAUUUUUAUUGAUGAUGGCCGUAUGUACUUUGAAUUUCUAUCUAAUUUAAUAACCUUAGUGUAAACGUGUUAUUUAUAGAAUAGUAUAAGUUGGUGUACGUUCAAAAAUCAUAAUGUAACUUUUUAUGUUUAG